AUGCCGUCCGCUGUCGCUCCCGAGCAAGUUCCAUUGCCAAAAUGGCAGCGCCCAGCCAAAACAACACAUCAAUUGCCUUGGGCGGACAUUAAAGUAAUCGACAUUGGCAAGUUUGAUCAGCCAGGAGGGAAGAAGCAGCUUGCGGAAGAGCUUCGACAGGCAGUUCACGAGACCGGCUUUUUCAGUCUGAUCAACACCGGAUUCACUCCCGAAGAGGUGCAGCGACAGUACGACAUUGGACAGGGGUUCUUCAAACUCGAUGUCGAAGAUAAGGCAAGGCCGGGGAACACCUGCGACUUUGGCAAGGGGAACUAUUUCGGAUACAGACCAGCACACGACAAGAAGAUGCAAGGCACUGAAGUGCUCAAUAACGUCGAGUCAGUCAAUAUCGCCAAGUUCAUUCCCAAGUAUGCCAACGAGCCAUUCCAUUCUUUUUUCGAGCCCUUCCGAAACGAGAUUGAGGAUUUCUCAAGGCGAUCCUCCGAACUAGCAAGUAAGGUUUUUACGCUCUUCUCUAUCAUUCUUGAGCUUCCAGAGGAUUACUUUUCCUCUCGUCACGCAUAUGAGUCCCCUAGCGAGGACCAUCUCCGUUACAUGGGCUAUCAUACGCGCCCCCUGGCCGAGGAUCUCAAAGUCGCCAACACCUGGUCGCGGGCCCAUACGGACUUCGGUUCCUUGACUCUUCUCUGGAGCCAAGAUGUCGCUGGUCUUCAGAUUAAAACAUCUUCUGGCGAGUGGAAGUACGUCCCGCCGGUCGACAACGGCAUCGUCUGCAACGUCGGCGACACUCUCGACUUCUGGUCUGCGGGGUAUCUCAAAUCAACCACGCACAGGGUGGUGCGGCCGCCCGAGGACCAGGCGCACCUGUUCCGCCAAGGCCUGUUCUACUUUGUAAGACCAGGUGAUGACGUUAACAUUAAGCCGGCGGCGUCACCUUUACUGAAGAGGCUCGGCCUCGUCCGGGACGAUGCGGAGGAUUCGGAACCAGUGACCGGAUUGCAAUAUGUAAGGGAACGAGUGAAGGACUAUCAUCACCAUAAUGAUUAUGCAGACAUGAAAGGGAAAAAGUUCAAGGUCGGCAACUUGGAAAUCGAAGACGAGGCAGAUUGA